UUAUUGCAAACACACAUGCACGCUACACGUGAAAAGGGACCGGGAGCUAAGAUUAAGAAGCUGCAUUAGUCUGAUGAAACUGCAAAGUCAGAUCUAGAUUGAAGCGUAUUUCUGUUCAAAGAGCUCAUGUGAAGUGAGGAGAUGAUGAUGAUGACGUUCAAGGUGGCUGUCCUUGCAUUCUUUAUGGGCUGUAUGCUUCAGCGUGUUUACACAGACCAGCCUCCAAAUAUCAUCUUUAUUCUAGCAGAUGAUCUGGGUUGGAACGAUGUCAGUUUCCACGGUUCUUCACAGAUCCCGACCCCGCAUAUUGAUGCCCUGGCACAAGAGGGCGUGAUUCUUACCAACUACUAUGUGUCACCCAUCUGCACGCCAACGAGAAGCGCCAUCAUGACCGGCAAGCAUCCCAUACACACAGGUCUAGAACAUGGAGUUAUAGGAGUAUCCCACCCAUAUGGAUUGGGGCUGGAGGAGAAGUUAAUGCCUCAGUACCUCAGAGAGCUAGGCUACAGGACGCAUAUGGUAGGAAAGUGGCACCUGGGGUUCUUCAAGGAGAGUCUUACACCUAGCCAUCGUGGCUUUGAGUCCUUCUACGGUUACUAUGCAGGAAUGGGGGACUACUAUACGCAUGAAAUAACGUCUGACGGUAACAUGACAGGUUUUGAUUUUCACAUGGAUGGGUCUGUCCAUAAGCCCGUGUUUGGUCAGUAUUCUACCGAGAUAUUUACGGAGAGGACCCAGGAGAUUAUUCUUAAACAUAAUCCCAAGGAGCCUUUGUACAUCUACCUAGCCCACCAGGCUGUACACAGCGCCAACUACGACGGUCAGAGACUGCAAGCACCCCAUGAAUAUUACAAGAGAUUCCCUAACAUCACACAUGAAAACAGGAGAAAAUAUGCUGCAAUGGUGGCAGCCUUGGACGACUCUAUUGGAAAUAUCACCCAGUCUUUAAAGGAGAGCUCCCUCUACAACAACACCCUUAUAGUUUUUACGACCGACAACGGGGGCCCCGCCAACGGCUUCGACUUUAACUACGCCAGCAACUGGCCUCUGCGAGGAAUGAAACAUACGACAUGGGAGGGCGGACUGCGUGGCGUGGGAUUCCUGUGGGGCGCCCUCAUUGAGAAGCCAGGGAGAAUGAGCGAUGGGAUGAUGCAUGUAUGUGACUGGGUUCCUACGCUGUAUGGCUUAGCGGGCGGUAAUACCAGCACGUUGCAACAUCUAGAUGGUAUUGAUGUCUGGCCAAUGCUCUCAAGAGGGAAGCAAUCACCUCGCCAAGAAAUUCUCCACACUAUUGACCCUUUGCUUGACCUGUCGGCCAUACGUAUAGGAGACUACAAGCUUGUACAAGGGCAAAGAGGAACCGGUAGGAAUGGCUGGUAUCCACCAGAAGGCGUGUCAUUAGCAGAUCUGGAUUCUAAACCAGUUCCUAACGCCUUUGUUGUGAGUUGCCCAUACAAGCCUGCCAAUGCCUCUACCAACUGUAAUCCCUAUAAGAAACCGUGUCUGUUCAACAUUCGCCAUGAUCCCUGUGAAUUUAACAACAUAGCCAACUGGAAUCAGGACAUUGUUGAGCUGCUCCUGACGAGAAUUGAAGAGUACAGAGCAACGAUGGUUCCCAUCAGGAACAAGGAACCUGACCCACGGAGCUACCCAAAAUACCAUGACAACUGCUGGGUCCCUUGGGUCGAUGAUACAAGCACAGCACCAGGGACCCGUUUCACAAAGCCUUUUUUCAAUGACAAAUGACAAAAAUCAAUGACAGAUCUGCUGAUAACCAAUCAGAAGCAAGGAUUUCAGUAGCUUAUAACAAACACUGUCAUUUGUCACUGAUGACAAGUUUUGUGAAACGGGGCCCAGGAUUAUCGUGAUAUGGAUCUAAAGUACAGUGAAACCUAUAUGUAAAGGCCCACUUUGUAGGAAGUUACCCGAUAUAUUGUAAAGACCGCUCAAGAGACACUAAAAACAGGAUCUUUAUAGGCAGGUGGUCUUAAUGAACAGGUUCCUAAUAUAGAUGCCCAAAAUAUUCAUCCCCCGUUUAAUCGUAUAUAUCUAUAACUUCAUUUUCUAUCGCGGCUCAGUUGCAUGCAGUAAUUCCAAUUAUAAUGUCUAUGUUCAUGCAAUGUUUCCUCCUUCUUUUCUCUAUUUUUUUUAUCUUCCCUUUUUUUCUUGGUAAUCUUGAUUUUAUUUAGAUAACGUACCAAAGUUAUUGUUAUUUUGCAUAUUUUGAGAGGAUCAUUAUUAACAGGAUAUUAUAUGUUUGUAUUUUAAAGAUUGUAUAAUAAUGUUUUUAUCUUGACGUGGAAAUAAUGAGGUACACCAUUCUCUAAAAAACAAUGGUCUUUCUAUACAGGUCAAAAAGCAGGUUUGACUAUAAUAGACCGGUAUGCGGAUUUGCUUGUGAGUGAGUACCAAUCACCUAAUAGCCAUAAAUUAUUUCCAGCUAGAAUGUAUCAAUUCAGACUGAAAAAAAAAU